AACUAUUAGAAUGUUUUUAUAAUUAUAAAAUACCAAAAAAUAUUUUUGCUUGUAAUUAGAGGAGCAGAAAAUUUUUUAUGAAAAUAACACCAUUGUCCGAUCUGCGCCAAAGGGUUAGCAUGAAAACGGUACUAAUUGCGAUCCACUAAAGUAAAUUUUUUUUCUGCGGUCUACCUCCAAAAAAAAAGUGUACUUCUCUAAAAUGUAAGGACUGGUUAAAAUCAACGUCAAAUUCCCAAUAAGAACUUUUUUUAUUGCAAGGAAAUAAGUUGUUCUAAUCGCUUUUAAUGAUAUAAUUAAAAAAAUCACACUUUAAAAUAGAUAAAUUAUAUGCUUAGUUACAGAAUACUACACUACAAAGCAGACAAUACAAAUCAACAACCUUCAGUUAAGUUUUUUUUUUCUUCUUUUGUCACUGCGCGCGCAUGCGUGUAUGGGAGAAAGAAAGGAGGUAGGAUAUUAUUUCUCAGUGUCAUGCAAUCGCUGUUGGCAGUUCGUUAUGCAACACGAAUCAAUGAUUACGCAUUAAUGAACUGAACUGAUACGGUGGGACAAAAUGUAGAGUUAAGGAUCUAUUUGUUCGUUUCAGUGGCUCUCGAAUGUGAAUGCAUUUUUCUAAAAUGAAUUCCUUUAAUUCUUAGUCAGUUAAUCAUUCCAAAAUGGCAGAUGACGACAGAAAAAAAUUUCUAUUCACUUGGAAAAUUAACCAUUUAAAUUUUUUCGGUAAAAUCUAUUGUGAGUGCCUCAGCAGUCCGGCAUUUGAAGUUAAAAGUUUCGAAGACAGCGAGUGGAAAGUAUGUCUCUUUCCCAGAACAGUAUCCGAAGAUCUCGAGUGUAGAUUAAAACGGCUCGAUGGUAAAAAUAAUUCUAAAAUUAAAACUAUUGAUGUUUACUUCUGGUAUCAGUUAGCAAGCUCCACUGGUGUUGUUUUAAAAACUUCCGAUGUGUUUCACCAAGAAUUUCAAGAAGGAUCUUCCUCGGAAUUAUGUAGAUUAAUUGAACUUUAUGAUUUGAUUAAAGAAAUAUUGAAAUACCCGGAGGACACUUUAAUCUUCCGUUGCUACAUGUCAAACAGUCCUGUGACAUCGAGUGAAGGUUUUAAGACCGGUUGUGAAAUUGAAACGGAUGUCAGCUGUCAUACACCUUCGUAUGUAUGGUCUUUCAAGUUCUGCAACGAUUGGUCUGCAAGCAAACAAAUCGAAUUGGAUAACGUGCCGAUUAAAGUUAACUUUAAAUAUGUGGAAGACAAAAUUCAUAUUGAUCUAGUUUCGACUGUUGAAGAUGACUGGACGCACCAUUUGACAUGUGACAUAGAACUGAUGAAUGCGAUUGGUAAUCAGGUAGCUUGUGGUGAGGGUGAUUAUGAGUUUAGUAAAGAAAACAGAAAUUGGGAAUUUCCAAUUUUCAUAACUAAACAACAUUUAGAGCAAGCUCGUUGUUUUGUGCGUGAAGAGAUUCGGAUUAAGUUUUAUAUUUUGCGUCUAUAUUCUUUUAUUUCGAAGAUUAACUAUAGCCGGAAAGAUGACAUUAGUGCAAUUCUCAAUUAUGAAUCGCUAUCGAGUGCAUCAUCUGAUUGUUUAGUUUAUUAUUCACAACAUCAUUACCAAAAUUUGUCUUUGGAUGAAACUUCCGCUGAUCUCAAAUUAAGAGCGGACAACGAUAUUUUUCACGUCCACAAAAGCUUACUCUCUGACUAUUCAUCUGUAUUCUCUGAAAUGUUCGUUCAAGACAUGAAAAAGAACAACAAUGACCUCAUUGAUAUCAAUGAUAUUGGAGAGCAGACUCUGAAAUAUUUACUGGAAUACUUGUAUAACGGAGCGGUGAAUGACAUGGACGUUGAUAUCGCUAUUGACUUAUUAGCAGCAGCAGAAAGAUAUCAAGUGUUGUCUUUGGUAAAGCAGUGCUCUACAUAUCUGGAGAAGAAUUUGUCAGUUACAAAUGUAUGCAGAGUACUGUAUAUAGCUGAUAUGAUAAAUCAUAUGAUUUUGAAAACUUAUACGGUAAACUACAUCAUAGUUAAUGCACAUAAAAUUCUCUCAACUCCAGAAUGGUCAUAUUGGAUAGAAAGAAACCCUCAUUUGGCAACAGAAGUACUUUUAAAAUUGUCGAAAAAAUUUGAAUCGGAGUUUAACACUGAUCGAGAUUUCAGAAGACUGAGUUCCGAAGCUAUGAAGCAAUAAUUGGCAAGGAUAUGAAUGUGGCAGAUCAUUUAUGAACAUGUUGAUUAAAUAAAGGUUUUCAGUUUAAAAGUGCUAGGUUGCAGCAGACUUUUAUAUCCUGAAAAUGCAAUUACUACUUUAGAAUACAAAUAGUGCUCAUUGAUGUUAAUUUUACCAAUUUUCAUUAAAUAAAUUAUAUUUCUGAUGUUUAUGCACAA